UAUUGCAACGAUAACUGUACUGUGGAUAAGGGAAGGAAGAGAUCAAAAUGGAAAACACAUGCAACAACUGUGGAAUUCAAAGAGAGGGAAUGCAGAAGUGUGGACGAUGCCACUUUGUGUACUACUGCAGCAAAGAGUGCCAGAAAAGGGACUGGAAAACGAACCACAAAACAAAGUGUGAUGACCUGAAGAAUUCCAGAGAUACGGAGAUAAACGAUGGAGAGGGUAUUUCCUCUUCUGGUGGACUUCUUAAACAGGCAUUGAGAAAUUCGACUGAUCUUGCUUCAAGUGCAUUGUGUAUGUUCUGUGGAACUAGUUCAGGACAACUCAAGAAAUGCGGACGUUGCCUGACAGUCAGCUAUUGCUCGAAAUCAUGUCAAACGCAAGACUGGCCCGACCAUAAAACCGUUUGCAAAAAUAAGGACAUUGUUGACGUCAUACAGACCGAUGGGUACAAGGAACAUUUGAAGAAAUCAAAAUCAGACAGAAUUCUUUCUCAAGCGACCCAGGGCCGUAAUAGUUUUACUGCUUUUGAUAGUGGACACCAAGUGAUGUUUGGACCCUCAACAAUGUUCAGAACGGAUUCUGCCGAUCUUUCUUUGCGAAAGUCUACAACAAAAGACCUUAGAAGACAGGCAAAGCUAUACGUACAACGAAAGUUCCCCAUGCAGUACAUUAUUGACGAUAUUGAAGAAAUACCCCAUGAGUUUCCUUCGAGUUUUGGUAAUGCAAGAGUGUCCUUCGUGGGGUUUAUUUCCAGAUACCACCACUAUAGAGGGCGCCACUGUGUGUAUAUACAGGAUGGAAAUAAUGCUGAGAUAUAUGUCGGAUUUUAUCUUGAUUACGAUAAUCCCUAUCCGUAUUUUACCUGGGGAGAUGUUCGCCCUGGGAAGUUCAUCUGCCUCCACGAUCCCAGAAUUCAUUUUUUCCUUGAUGGAUCCGUCGGAAUCCGCGUCAAUGAAAGCAGCGAGGCCUUCUUUUUCGAUGUCUGAAUUCCUGGACUCUUUGAUUACACGUUAUAUUUAAUCUAUUAAAUACGUACGUGUAUAUACGUUUUUCCUGUUUGUUUGUGAUGGUUUUUUAAAACAUGUUUGUAAAAGUUAUAAUUAUUAAUGUUUUUGAUUCUCUUGUCCAUAUCUAGAUGCUGUUAAUUCACUAUAAUGGUCUAUAUU